AUGUCUUCAAAUCAACCAAGCUCUUCUUCAAAAACACCACAACAAGCCGAUAAUGCUGGUGGUGAUAAACAACAACAGCAACAAACUCCGGCGCAAAAAGAAACGAUACCGCAACUUGGUGCUUUAGAAGAAGACGACGAAUUUGAAGAAUUUGCUUCCGAAGAAGUUGAGAAAUGGAAUCCAUUGACAUUAAUUCAAAUUUGGUCCCUUUCAUUUAAUUUUGCGCUUGAUACAUUAGAUUGGAAUGAAACAGAAGAAGAUCAAGAAACUCAUUUAUGGGAAGACAAUUGGGAUGACGAAGAUGUUGAAGAUGAUUUUUCCAAACAACUUAGAUUAGAAAUCACAAAAAAUAGUGGUAACGCACCAACACCUAUGAAAAUUUGA